AUGGCUUCACCGGUAGCUUUGGAUUCGUCGCCUCACUGCAAGCCGAGUCCAGAUGGCCGAUUCAUUGCAACCCUCAGGUCCUCGGAGGUGGUUGUCCGCUCAACUGGGACUCUACAGGUCAUUAACGCCGUAAUUUUGUCCUCCAGAUCUGGAUCUCCACACACUUCUUCGGCGGCAGGCAGCUCGGCGAAUGCGCCUACUUUGCUGUGGGCUCCGUCGUCCUCCAAGUUUCUCAUCUCUACAGCCGACCAGCUGGAGCUGUUUGGGGCGCUUAGUGGUUCCAAGUUUCACGCAACAGUCCGCAAUUAUGGCUCUUUGUGCGGCGGGAAGCCGUCUCUUGUUCAGUUUGGAGCUCGAGAUACAGAGCUUCUAAUCUGGUCCGCAUCUGGUUUAAAACUUGUAGUCAUCGAUGUGUGUCGCUCUGGUGCUGUUGAGAUUGAGAGCCCAAAGUUUCACCAAUCCGCCUCUGCAUUACGAGGCCUAUCCCUCCGUCCAGAAACCGGGCAUUUGGCAUUACUCGUUCGUUCCGGUGGCAGGGAUAUUGUGAGCCUCCAUCAUCCCGUUGAUCGGCAAGUGCUGAGAUCUUGGAGCCCGGAGAUGCUCGAUGCUCAGGGCAUCGCCUGGACCCCUGACGGCCAGUGGCUUCUUCUCUGGGAAUCAGCUGCCCAAGGUCACCGCCUCCUCAUUUACACGCCUGAUGGCGAACACUUCCGCACCAUUACGGCGUCUAAUCUCUUGAAAGGACCAGAUGCUGACCUGGAACUUGGGAUCAAAACCUGUCAGCUGAGUCCUAAUGCAGAACUGUGUGCCAUUGGAGAUUACAGCAGGGGUGUCACUAUUCUCCGUACACCAUCCUGGAGAGCGCACUUGAGGUUACCUCAUCCCGCCACCAUAGUACCAAAGGAUACACUCCAGGUAUGGCAAGAGAAGAUCGAAACCGAAUCUCCACAAGCGCGAGCCACCCACACUUUCGUCAGGGCGACUCAGGUAUUGUCACCCCCUGGGCUUGCUACUGAUGCUCAACCUGCGACUGCGGAAGCUAAAUUUGGCUGCUCAUUGGCUGCAUUUGACGCAUCCUCGACCCUCUUGGCAACAAGACUGGAUGACUCGCCAUGCACUCUAUGGAUCUGGGAUGUUGUUGCGGCCGAGCUUCGAGCCGUCUUGAUCUUUCACACUACUGUUUCCUUCCAGUGGCAUGCGAGCUCCCGUGAGCUUCUUUUGGUUACUUCACAAGACCCAGCACAGCGUGGAGUGUCGUUCAUCUGGGAUCCGCUGUCUAAUGGGCCGACGUCUCUCGUGCCAGAGGACAAUUUACCAGAUGGAAGAGCGGUGGGCAAAACACAAGUUUCAUGGAUCAACCGUGAGACUGAAUUUCCGGUCUUGUUUGUCUCUGAUGCGCAGCACUAUCUUUUGCUGUCUCCGUCUAAUGCUGGCCAGGAUUCGAACCCUUGGCAGCAAGCUGCCGUAGACCACAGCAGUGGCGGGAUGGAAUAUGACAGCCCGACAUCAGCUCACUAUGCCAUGAGUGACACAGAUGAAACAAAGGCCGUGGAUGAUACCUUUUACUUUAAAAUUAGUUAG